AUGCGCACGGAAAGAUGCGCACGAAAAAAUUGCGCACAGCCAAUCUUCCGCACGGUUUUCUGGAGAGAACAACAACAAAUUCUUCCUAUCUUAGCUAAAAUUGCAAAAUCUAUUUAUGUUAUUCAAGCAUCGUCAGCUGAAUCUGAAAGACAUUUUUCAACAAGUGGACAAAUUGUUACUGAACAACGGUCACAAUUAGAUCCUGAAUGUACUAGUCAAAAUUUAAUAAUGCCUCAACUAGAAGUAAAGAUUAUCGAAGCUCGAAAUUUAAAACAACAAGAUACGUUCAGUAAUAAUGAUGCAUUCGUCGAAGCUUAUUUAGAUCCACAUUAUAAACAGAAAACAAAAACAAAGAAAAACACAAAUAAACCACAAUGGAAUGAAACGCUUGUGUUUAAUCACCAGUAUGGUCAAGAUACUUUGUUUUUGGAUGUGUAUGACGAAGAUUUAGUUAAAAAUGAUGUAAUUGGAAAAAUAACAAUUAAUUUAAAAAGUAUCUAUGAAAAAGGUCAUCUAGACGAAUGGAUUAAAUUACCAUCGAAGUCGGGUGUAUCAUCUUCGCACGGUGAAAUACAUAUUAUAUUAAACUAUCAAGAUUUUGAACAACAAAACUCAUAUCUCUGA